UACAAACAGUAACGGUCGUAACGUGUUUGAAUUCCAACAUUCUUAACCAAUGAGGUACAAGUACAUUUAGAUGGUAGUAUGGCAACACUGACUACCAACUUUUCCUUUUUGUUCAGCUAACCGAGCGUGUACGUCGCUGUGAUAAGUAAAAUUAUAAAUCGCAGCCAUGGUGCGUAUGAACGUUCUUAGCGAUGCUCUCAAAUCUAUCAAUAACGCUGAAAAGCGUGGUAAAAGACAGGUUCUAUUGAGGCCUUGUUCUAAAGUAAUUAUCAAAUUUUUGACUGUCAUGAUGAGGAAAGGAUACAUUGGAGAGUUUGAGAUUGUUGAUGAUCAUCGUAGUGGUAAAAUUGUGGUAAACCUUAGUGGACGGUUAAACAAAUGCGGUGUUAUUUCACCUAGAUUCGAUGUUCCAAUUAAUGAUAUUGAAAAAUGGACCAACAACCUUCUGCCAUCUCGUCAGUUUGGAUAUGUUGUCUUGACUACUAGUGGAGGAAUUAUGGAUCACGAAGAAGCCAGACGAAAACAUCUUGGAGGGAAAAUACUUGGAUUUUUCUUUUAAUUUUUAUUUAAUUCAAUAAAAAUUUCAUAAACCUUAAA